ACCUGGUCAUUUAUUGGUGCAGUCACCCUACAUGUUACCGCCACAGCAGCAGCAGCAGGUGGCAGUCGGAACCCUGGGCCCGGGGAUGGGUGUUGGCGGGGGCGUUGCCGGUAACGGCGGAACCAACGCUGGGGUCGGCCAGGGUCAGUCCCUCGUCAUGCCAGGAUUCCCCAUGAGAGCCGCGGCCGUGCCCAACUACUCGCCAUACUCGCCCUCGCGCUUCCACAUUGACAAGCGCUGCCAGCAUCGAUGCUCCUGGAAGUGCUUCAGCAUCGCCCUGAUAUUCAUCACCGUGGCCCUCGUCGCCAUGCUCGCCUACUUCGCUGCAGUUAACUCCAUGAAGCAAAUUGACAACUCAAAUUGCAAUUUGGUACAAGACAUCAAGGCUGUCACUCACGAGAAUGCAAAUGUGCACGAUUCGAUAUCCACGCAAAUUCCUACCGAAGAGAGCCUACCGACGAGCACAGCGGAGCAUUCGAGCGCGGCGGACUCGGCGGACCAGCAGCAGAGCGACCCCCAGAUCCAGCAAUCUGCCCAGCAAUGGCCUGCCGUCCUCGAACUCCAUUCGUACAACGUGGCGCACUCGGCCGUGAUACCGGCCUAUCACUUCUGGAACACCGAGUUCACCAACAAGCAGCCGGCCUUCAUCAGGCUCAAUCUCACACUGCCCUGGAACGCGAAUUUCGCGGUCUAUGGGCGUCGGAACGUCGCCCCGAGCGUCACCCAGUACGACUUUGUGGAAUUUGUGAAGGCCGGACGCUUGGACCAUCGGCUGAAGCGCGAGAUCUUCGCCAACACCGAUGUCGCAGUGAGUUUUACUCAGAACGCGUCCGGACGGUCGAUGUCACCGAAACGCCAGCCACUGAUACCGGUCCAUGUCGAGGACGAGGUUGAGGAGGAGGACGACGAGGAGGAGCGCGAGGACGGGGAAGAAUCGGUGUCCUCGGUGAUUCAACAUCUGUUGACAAAGCGCUCGAGCCUCGACGUGCCGCCUGGAGUUAACGUGAGCCUACUCCAGUACCUAGAUACCGGGCGCUGGUUCCUCUCGGUCUACAACGACGAGCUCCAGCCGCACAAGGUCACGCUCGUCGUCACCGAAGCCGAGGGCGUAUCCACCACCUGUCCCAACGACUGCUCGGGUAGGGGCUCCUGCUACCUCGGCAAAUGCGACUGCAUCGACCGAUAUCAGGGUGCGGACUGCAGCAAGAGCGUGUGCCCGGUGCUGUGCUCGAGCCACGGACAAUACGGCGGCGGUAUGUGCCACUGCGAGGACGGCUGGAAGGGCGCGGUGUGCGACAUUCCGCUCGGCGACUGCCAGGUCCCCGACUGCAAUCAGCACGGACAAUGUGUGAGAGGUUCCUGCGUGUGCAGUCCCGGCUGGAAGGGCGACUUCUGCUCGGAGCCGGACUGCUCGGAUCCCAACUGCGGGGGCCACGGAGCCUGCGUCGAGGGCAAGUGCUACUGCAAGGCAGGUUGGCAGGGCGAGCGCUGCGACCAGGUCGACCAGCAGGUCUAUCAGUGUCUGCCCGGCUGCUCCGAACACGGGAGCUACGACCUCGAGGCCGCCGCUUGCAUCUGCGAGGAGCACUGGACAGGGAUCGACUGCUCCCAGCCGAGCUGCGGACUCGAUUGCGGACUUCACGGGACGUGCGAGAAGGGCCGCUGCAAGUGUCAGGAUAAUUGGACAGGAACGAAAUGCGAUCAGAAACCUUGUGAUCCGCGUUGCGCGGAACAUGGCCAAUGCAAAAACGGUACUUGCGUAUGCAGUCAAGGUUGGAAUGGAAAGCACUGCACAUUGCCUGGAUGCGAGAACAAGUGCAGCGGACACGGAUCCUGCACACCCAUCGGCGGCGAGUCCAGUUGCGAAUGCGUUCCAGGAUGGGCGGGCAGGGAUUGCAGCAUCCCCCUCGAAAUGGAGUGCGACGACGACAUCGACAACGACGGCGACGGGACGAAGGAUUGCUCGGACAGCGAGUGUUGCUCGCAGCCGGUGUGCACCGAGCACUUGAUGUGCAUCGCCAGUAAGGAUCCCGUCGAGGUACUCCUGAGGAAGCAGCCGCCGAGCGUCACCGCGACGUUCUAUCAGCGGGUUAAGUUCCUCAUUGAGGACAACAGCGUGCAGAGCUACGCCCGCAUUGACGAGUACAGCGAAAAUGCGUUCUGGAGUUCCUUUAAACCGCGCCGUGUUGCGGUGAUGAGAGGCCAAGUUGUAACUGAGCAGGGACUUGGGAUAAUAGACGUCAGAGUUUCCAUUGACAAAGACCAGAAAUUCGGGUUUACCCUUACCAGAGCUGGAGGAUGGUUCGACAUCCUCGUGAAUGGCGGAGGUGCCGUGACUCUGCAAUUCCAAAGAAGCCCCUUCAAGCCAAUGACACGAACAGUUUUUGUUCCGUGGAAUCAGAUUGUAGUUCUGCCGCCGGUGGUGCUGACGAUCGGAGAAGAAGGGGACACUUUCAAAUCGAUUAAUCAGCUGCCCAGUCCGGCCAUCGGUUUUCCAGGCUUUUCGGCAAAUUUGUUCGACGAGCACGGACCCUGCAUGGAACACGAUCACGAAACUCUUCGUCCAAUAAUCGUCGGCACAUGGAUGCCAGAAAAGGUUGGAGGCCUGCCAGGGAAAAGUCUCGUAUUCGCCGAAACUCAGAUCGUGCAAGAGAGCAUCGCGAUCCCUGGCUCGAAUCUUCACCUGAUGUAUCGCAGCAGCCAAGCAGCGGGUUAUCUUUCGUCGGUGAAGAUGCAACUGACCGGACCCUUCAUCCCCAAAUCGCUCACUCACGUUCACGUGCACGUGGAGAUCGAGGGCUCCCUGCACAUGAAGACCUACGAGGCGGAUCCGAAUCUCAGCCACACCUUUGCCUGGAGUAAACGCAACGUCUAUAAGCAGAAGGUGUACGGCGUGGCUCAAGCACGCAUCUCCAUCGGCUACGAGUACUCGAGCUGCGCGUCCAUCAUCUGGGAAACGCAAACUGCCACCCUCCAGGGCUUCGACGUUGAUAUCUCGGACGUCGGUGGCUGGGGCCUUGACAUACAUCAUCACUACAACUUCCACGAGGGCAUACUGCAGAAGGGAGACGGCUCUACCCUACACUUCAAGCAGUACCCGAGGAAAGUUAACGUGGUCAUGGGCACCGGCCAGAGACGCGAUCUGGUGGGCCAGAAUUUCGAUGGCCUCGCUAAGGACGCGAGGCUCCUCACGCCCGUUGCCCUCACCAGCGGCCCCGACGGCAGUAUUUACGUGGGGGACUUUGAUCUCGUGCGACGCAUCACACCCGAGGGCGAUGUUUACACUGUUCUCAUUCUCAGGGCGACGCAAGUUGCUUAUCAAUAUUAUCUUUGCGUAUCUCCGGCUGACGGGCAUCUCUACAUCAGUGAUCCGGAGAAACAUCAGAUUCUACGAACGCUUGCGCUCAAUGAUGUCAAAGAUCCGCGAAUAAAUAUUGAACCGGUGGUUGGGAAUGGAGAGCGUUGCAUUCCCGGAGACGAGGGACAUUGCGGAGACGAGGGACCAGCUGAUAAAGCCAAACUCGCGCAUCCUAAAGGUAUCGUCAUUGCAGCGGAUAAGACAAUGUUCAUUGCGGACGGGACGAAUAUCCGGGCGGUCGAUCCGGGCGGCAUAAUCCAUACUCUGGUGGGACAUCACGGCCACCACAACCACUGGUCGCCGGCCCCGUGUAUCGGCGCCAUACCCGCCCAGCAGGCCCAGCUCCAGUGGCCGACGGGCCUGAGCCUCUCCCCCCUCGACGGCUCGCUGCAUUUCAUCGACGACCGCCUCGUCCUCAAGCUGACGAGCGACCUCAAGGUCCGCGUCGUCGCCGGGACGCCGCUGCACUGCGCGAGCGGCAUCGGGAGCGCCGAGCUUCAGAAGCUCCUCAACUCCUCGAUGUCGGCGCUUACCCUGAAAAGGACCGACGAGGUGCUAGGAUCGGUCCUCGCGGUCGCCUUCUCGCCCAACGGCGAGCUCUACAUCGCGGCUCGCGAUUCCCACCGCGUCAACACCAUCCGCGUGGUCGACUCGGCCGGCAAGAUGUCGCACUUUGCCGGCCAGCAGCAACGCGAGGACAUGAGAGAGCAGUGCGAGUGCAACAAUACCACACCGAGCCCCGUCGACCUCGAGGCCACCUGCGCCUGCAGCGACGAGUCCAGUAACGCCGAGACUCUGCUCUCCUCCAACGCCAAGUUCAUCUCCAUAUCCGCCCUCACCGUCUCGCCCGACGGCGUUCUGCACGUUGCCGAUCAAGGAAGCCUGCACAUCCUCGCGCUUCAGCCUUACCUGCCCAACCACGAUGACAGCGGCGAAUUUAACAUUCCCUUCCCACCCUCCAACGAAGUCUACGUCUUCAACAGGUAUGGCCAGCACGUGGCGACGAAGGACCUGACGUCCGGCAAGACGCGCUACUCCUUCCUCUACAGCAAGAACACGAGCUUUGGGAAGCUGUCGACGGUGACGGAUAGCGCAGGGAAUAAGAUACAGUUCUUGCGGGACUACAGUAACGCGGUGAGCUCGAUCGAGAACACGCAGGAUCACAAGUCGGAGCUGAAGAUAUCGGGAGUCGGCUUCCUCGAGCGUCUCUCGGAAAAAGGUCGGGCGGAAAUCACGCUUGGUUAUGACAGCGACACAGGACUGCUGACGAGCAGAUCCGGGGGACGUGAAACUUACAUAUAUAACUAUGAUGACCUGGGUCGAGUAACAGACGUCAUUUUACCUACCGGAGAAAAAGUCAAGCUGACAUCCGAUCUUUCAACCGAUGAAGGUCUUUCUGUAAAAGUGGCUGCGCCAUUGCAAGCUCUAAAGCGCGGAGAUAAGCAACGAUUUAUGGAGUUUAAGAUGAGAAAUGAACGCUCGAAGAUGCUCACCAUUACGGACGGCUCGAUGAUAAAGAGAGCCACGGCCUUCACGAAUAGUACGUUGGAAGUGAAUCUACCGGGCGGUGGUCGCAUCACGAGUGCGGCAAUGACGAAGCAUCCGCUUUUGAAAGCCUCCUUACCCGUCGAAGCCGAAAUGCUACCAAUGUGGAGCUACCAAGUGAUGUCGCUCGGCGAAUUAACCAAUACGAUGACGACGACCUACAAUCUCGUCGGGGACCCGAGUCACCUGCAGCAGACCCUGAAUCGCGAGAUAUGGGUGAACGACUCGCGAAUAGUGAGCGUCGAGUUCGAGCAAGCCUUUAGCCGUGAAACGUUUUAUGAUAAAUACCGCACGCCGUUGCUUACGGUGACCUUCGACCCAGCCGGGUUGCCUCUCUCGUGGCAGCCGCACGAACAUGGCCACAACCUCAGCAUCAGCUACGAUCGCUUUAACCGUAUCCAGAGCUGGCAGUGGGGCCCGUCCGACGAGUCCUACGGCUACGACAGGCACGGCCAGUUGGCCCAGAUAACCAACAGCCAAGACGGUACCAAGACUUACACGUAUAACGACCUGAAUACACUGUCGAAGGUGACGCUGGCCAGCGCGAGGGAGUUCUCGCUACAGUACGACGACGACGGUGGCCUGAGGCACAUAAUUCUGCCGUCCGGUACGAAACAUUCCUUCUCCUGUCAAGCUUCACUCGGCUUCAUGCGCGUCACCUACACUCCGCCGGGCAGCUCGAGGUCCUACCUCCAGCACUACAGCCACGAGGGGAACCUCCUGCAAACGGUAUUCCCAGGGGAUGGCGCGCGAAUCGUCUAUCGUUACCAUACGACCGGUCAGCUGGCCGAGGUCGUGCACGGCGAUGGUAAGAGCGAGAUGCUCUACACGGAGGUUGGGCUGCCAGCUGAGGUCAUCCACUCGGAGCGCGACGUAGAGUACAAGUGGGAUUAUCAGUAUAGCGCGGGAUUGCUCGUGGAGGAGAGGAUCGAUUUCGGGGCGAAAACGGGCCUCAGCAACGCCAAGUUUACCUUCGACUACGACUCCAACUUCCGCUUAGUCUCGGUGCAAGGGAGAAUCGGUGGCUUGACACUGCCGUCCCACGUGAUGUCCUACAGUCCCAAGACCGGCAGCUUAGAGCAGAUCGGCCAAUUCAAGGUGUCGAGGCGAUAUUUAAACGAGACGUCCGUUCACGACGACACGGCCAUAUUCUCGCGAACGACCGAUCUGCGCUUCCUCGAGACGCACAUCACCGUUACCAUCCGUGGCCUCGAGGUCUUCAAGAUGGAGUUCACUCACGACUCCAGGGGCAGAAUCAAUCAGACGCGUACUUAUACAAGGAACGUGGGUGUUAAUACCUACACCAACGUGAAGAACUAUACGUGGGACUCGGAUGGCCAAUUGACAGGAGUCGAGGCGCAGGAACCAUGGGGCUUUCGUUAUGACGUGAACGGGAACAUGCUAUCGUUGACUUAUCGAGGCAACACAAUUCCAAUGGAGUACAAUUCAAUGGACAGAAUCAUUAAGUUCGGCGAGGGUCUGUACAAGUACGACAAUCGUGGAUUAGUGAUUCAGAAUGCGCGGGAAGAGCGAUUCAAUUAUAACGCUAAAGGUCUGCUGGUUAGAGCAACUAAGAGAGGCAGAUUUGACGUUAGGUAUUACUAUGAUCAUUUGGAUCGGCUGGCUGCGCGCAAGGAUAAUUACGGGAACGUCACGCAAUUCUUCUAUAAUAAUCAGAAGAGGCCUUACGAGGUCAGUCAGAUUUACAGCCCAAGAGAUGGGAAGUUAAUGUCGCUGGUAUACGAUGACAGAGGGCAUUUGAUAUAUGCGCAAAUCUACAGACACAAGUAUUAUAUAGCGACCGAUCAAUGUGGCACGCCCAUAAUGAUUUUCAAUCAAUAUGGAGAGGGCAUCAGGGAGAUUAUGAGAUCGCCCUAUGGGCACAUUAUCUACGAUUCUAAUCCAUAUUUAUAUCUGCCAGUGGACUUUUGCGGCGGUUUACUCGACCAGAUAACGACCUUGGUUCACAUGCCAAACGGCAAAGUUUAUGAUCCGCUUAUUGGUCAAUGGAUGUCUCCGCUUUGGGAAAAUGUUCUCGAUAGAUUACAAAAACCGACGCACUUGCAUUUGUACCGUUUUAAUGGCAAUGAUCCGGUUGAUGUUCGACGUUCCUCAAAAAAUAAUCUUCCUACUGAUCACACCAGCUGGCUGUCGAAUCUUGGCUACGACCUGAAGAGUCUCGCGCCCCAACUGUUUCCGAAGAACCUGGUGAACAGCUUGGUGCCGCCGACCAUGGAACCGGCAAGCUCGAUCCUAGGUAAGCGCAAGAGCGAGGGCAACCUCGGUGUCCAGUCGGGUUUCCUCGCCUACAUCCAUCAGCGCCAUUCGAGUGAUGCCGUCGGCCUCUCCGCACCCCCGCGCUCGGCCCUCAAGAAGGACAUCUCCGAGCUGAUACCGAGCCGACUGGGCGCGGCCUCGGAGCCUCCCUUCGGCAAGGGGAUCCUCGUGUCGCGGACGAAGAGCGGCCAGGCGGUCGUCUCGAGCGUCCCCUCGGCUAACUCGAUCUAUAAGGAUGUCUUCACGACGGUCUUCAACGAGUCCUACUUCCUGCCGUUCACGUUCGUCGUACACAGCUCGCAGCAGGACGCGUUUUACUUCGUGAAGGAGGAAACGUGGCGCGCACCGGAGGACCAAGGCCAGCUCAAGCGCCUCGGUGGCCAAGUGAACACGACGUUCCAUGACGGCGGGGGCGGCAGCGCCGUCGGACCAGGCUCCCUCGCCGACGUCAAGAUCCACGGGCUGAGCUACGUGAUAAAUCUGCGCUACGGCACGACCGCGGACAAGGAGCGGCAGCGGCUCCUUCACCAUGCGAAGAUGAGCGCGGUGCGCAAGGCCUGGCACCGGGAGAAGGAAGCGCUCAAGGCCAAUGCGCCGACGAGUAUCGAGUGGACGCCGGCCGAGCAGGAGGAGAUCGUGAAGCUCGGCCUAGCCGCGAGCUACGAGGCCGAGUACGUGCACGAGGCGCAGUUGUACCCGGAGCUCGCCGAGGACCCCUACAACGUGCGAUUCGUGAAGAAAAUCCUGGAGGCCGGGGGCGGCGGCAAGAGGCGACGCAGGCGUGCCAAUUCGGCCUGUAACAUCUGGUGGCUCGACAAGUUCUGCUAGGCCGGUUCGUCCUCGUUUAUCUCCACCUUUUUUUUUCUUUUUUCUUUUUUUUUUACCAAAGUCUAUAUUGUGUACUUUGCAAGAUGCCAAAAAGAUACAAAAAGAAAAAAAAAACAUAACGCGAGCUUGGCGGCGCCAUGCGGGGACACUGACCAGGCAGGACCAAGUGCGCGAAGGCUGACGA